AUGGGGUCGCCGAAAAGAAUGGCGGACAGAAACGGUGACUGCAGGUUCUCGGUUACGGGGCUGCUCGACUCCCGCCAAUGGUGGACUGGGGUGCCGUGGGUCGACAACAGGCUACGCCUAUGGAGAGAACGUAGGCUGCUUGCUGGUUUCACCGAAAAUAAGUCGAGGAAGAACAGGGGCUCGGGAUAUCCUCUCUCUCGUGAGAUUGAUGAUGAUGAUGAAAAGACUUUCGACCGAGUCUUGUGUAGACGAGAGCGAGUGACGUGCGGUGGUGGUCUCGAUUCAAAGAGGGCUGGCUGUGAGGUGGGAGAAAAUUACAACUUCAACAUGAAGAGAACUUAUGGGUGGCACGAAGUUCGGAUUUUUAGGGAACCAUGUUGGUACAUGAGUUGGACGGGAUCCACUUGUCACAAGAGGGUUACAGACGCGCCCAGAGGUCGCCGGAAGUUCAGGGUCGCCGGAAAAACGCGACAGAGGGGCGAUGGCGGCGGCCUGUUGGAGAGGAGAGUUGGUGAUGACGAGGGUGAUGAUGGUGAUGAUGGAAAGGAGAUGAUCGAAUGGUGGUGA